UUUCUCUCCAGCUCUACAGCCAGUUGUUGGUGUUAUUGACACAUCGGCAGGUAAAUUCGAUCUUAUAAAAACACUGUCAGCUAUUUUCGAAUACAUAGAGGGGUGCAUGUACAUCGUUCACUGGGUAUCAAGGGGUUAAACAAACGCGAGAAAAGGAAGGGGCCGUAGAAAAAGUGUUGACGUCUUCUCUUCUUGGCGUGCAGACAAGAAAUGGCCGAACUGAAGCUGUCAAUCAAACAGGAGGAACCGUCGGAUGAGGAAGAGGAAGAGGAGGAUGAAGAGGAAGAGGAAGAGGAAGAGGAAGAGGGUGUUGACGAGGAGGAUGAGGAGACGUACGUGGUGAAAAUCAAAAUGGAGGACGAGGAUGAGGCCUACGAUGACGAACUCGCAUCAGAGGUCGAAGAAGAGGACGAUGACGAUGAGGAAGCAUUUUCUAGCGAUGGGGAGGAGGAGGAGGAAGUGGACCAAGCCUCCAUGUCCGACACGGAUUACGGUCCCCCAACGGCUAUCGACUUGUCCUCCAAAUGGCUACAAAAUAACGACCGGGUGCUGCGGUCUGGGCCCUCGGCAGCACCUGAGACACUAUUGCCACAGAGCUCGGCCACGACCAAGUUUGAUUUGACAGACGUGCUGCUGCCGCUGCUCUGGUGUUGGGAGUGCAGAGGAGAGUUCAGCACGUCAUGCGACACAAUGUACCACCAGAAGGCCUACCGCUGCCUCAGGUGCAUACGGAGGAAGAGGACCAUGAGGAAGAGGAAGAGGAGGACGACGAGAAGGAGGGGAGGUAGUCAAGAUGGCGGAGAAGCUAAGGACUUCGGGCACCGUGAAGUCAAAGGCAGUAUCAGUCCAGGUGGCAGCGGUCAGAAACUUGAUGCAUCAGGGGAAGAUAUUCAAGAUGGCCGACAACUUGGCACGUCAGUGGAGGACAAUGGGAAGGGACCUUUGCAAGAUGGCCGACAAACUGAGGCGUCGCACGACAAAUGUGGUGGUGGUGAUGGUGGUGGUGAUGGUGGUGGUGAUGUUGUUGAAGCUACUGUGUCGCAAGACAAACGAACAUGUCAAGAUGGUGGACAAGUUGACACAUCAGUGGAAGACAGCACCCUGUACAUUGACAGCCAGGGUCACACGUCGGCCAGGCACCGGCGGAGAGACAGCCUGGAAGAGGACGACCCUGCAGACGUCUCGAGAGACGAGGACGAGGACGAGGACAGUCAAGACGCCAAGGACGACUCUGAAGACGAGGAUGAUGAUGAUGACGAUGACUUUGAUUCUGAAGAGGCCAGGACACUGUAUAAGUCAAUGACGGACUUCAAAAUGCACGCCAUACGAAGACACGGCAUCUUCAACUUCCGCCAAGCCUGCCCCAAAUGUGGCAAGUUCGUGACCCUGGUGGAGAACCUGAGAGGAGACUGGCGCCACUUGUGUGAGAAGCCCAAAGCCAAGAAGACGAACGAGUGUCAACGCUGCGGAGCCCAGUUCCCAAUGCAGGCUAGACUGGACGAGCACAUUCAGCAACAUCACCGCGGAGACACGCCGGAGUGUCCGGAAUGUGGCCGGAAAUUUGUGUACCGGAAGAGCAUGGAGCGCCACAUCACCAUCUUCCACCGCCAUCAAAUGUGGCGCGAGGACGUCGCAGAGCUGGAGGGACAAGAGAAGGGCCGUCGGAGAAGGAGGCGGCGGAAGCCGAAAGGGCCCUCCAUGGAGCCCCCGAUGGUCUGGUGUAGCAAAUGCGACCGGGAGUUCACCAGGAACUGCUUCAAGAUGCGGCACAAGAGGAGGUAUGGCUGUAUUCGAUGUGGGACCAAACACCCUGCCUUGGGGGACACCAGCCAGCCCAACAACGGAACUGGAGAAGGGAACAAUAACAGCAGCGCUGAGAAGGAGUCAUCGAGGGACACGCGUACGGACAACCAGGACCCUGAGGUGUGUUUCCAUGACCUGAAGGAGAGCUUUGACUAUCUCCAUGGUUUCCAGAAGCACGCCAAAUUGGAGCACGGGGUGCGAGACUUCCGGGAGCUGUGCCCCGACUGUGGCAAAUUCAUCACGCUCCGAAACUUGGUGAGCGGGGGUCCUCCCCAUGUCUGUGAGCAUAAGUCCCGCCCCAACACCUGCUCCGAGUGCAACAAGGGAUUCGCCAGCGAGAAGGGACUCCUGAGUCACAUGGGCCGCGUCCACUCCGACAAAAGAGUCCCCUACACGAUACGCUGCAUGUUCUGCCUGAAGCGCUUCGCCUACCGGCGGCAGAAGAUCGAACAUGAGAAGGUCCACAUUAACGAGGAGAUGAAGUUCUACUGUCGCCAUUGUCCAAUGAGAUUCUCCGACCUGACGAGCCGCAGCGCCCACCUCAAGUCCCACGGCCGCAUCUACUCCGUAUUCACCUGCAAGGUGUGUGAUCGUACCUUUAAGCAGCAGAAGAAUCUGGAGCGCCACAUGGUGGUCCACACGGGCAUCAAGCCCUACAGGUGUGACUUCUGCGACAAGACCUUCAACCAGGCCGGACACCUCAAGUCACACAUACGGGUGCACACAGGGGAAAAACCGUACCAGUGUCAGCAGUGUGGAGAAGCCUUUAACCACAACGUCAGCCUGAAGAACCACCUGCAGAAGAAACACCCACCAAUCACAGAGGAGGACGUCUGGCGACCUGGGAGUAGUCUUUUCUCCCAUUGAAACCCAUUAUAAAACAUGGCUAUUGGACUACAAAAAAAUGGCCUCUUCAGUCAGACUAGUGUGAAGCCUUGUAUCCCAUUGAAUUGACAAUGCUGUAAAAGACUCCAAAUGGCUAACACUUAACUUGUCAUGCGCAUGACAUGACAUAACAGUGUUGUAAUGGCGCGUUCCCCAGAGGUAGGACAUUCGGUUUGUUUUCAUCCAUAAAUGGGCGUAACGCAAAUUUAAGAGCAAAGUACCCGGAUGGCCGUUCAUGAGUAUGGAACGAAGUCGGUUUGCUUCGCUUUUGCCCCAGCUCGCGACUUGAACAUUCCGCUUCAACAGGCGUUCCAAUGCAUUUCAGCAAGUAGGAGGUCAGAAACAUCCCAUCUCCCACCUGGGGAACGCACCAUAACUGUCAGAACAGUAUCAUGACACGAUCAUUGACGAGUCAUAAACAACAUUAUUUCAAUGUCAUAAACGUUUUAUUGUCACAGAAAGUUGACAUUGUUUGGGCUGUCUUUAGCAUUACCGCAUGUCACUUCAAUUGCAACAGUUAUAACACAUACCUGCAAACUCGUCACCUUUUGGUGACAGUCACCUUUUCCCCGGUCAAUUAGGUCAUUCACAUGAAUCAUGUAGAA